ACAAUUAAAAAUCCGUCAGUGGAAACAAGUGGCCUAUCUACAGUUAAGAAAAUUACAGCAAUUUGUGAUCAGCUGAGUAUUUCAACUGCGAAUAUCUGUUGGAUUAACUUGUAAUCGGAGAUUCCAACUAACAAAUCCAUCGUCUUAUUCCGCUUAAUAAUAAUUACGCUAGUGUGAGUAUCGUUACGUCAUUGUGCAAGUCUCUCUUGUUCAGACCAGACUCUUCACGAGGGUUUUAUUCGCAAAUACAAAAUACAUACGCCAAUCGUCACAACCCGCGGUUGCUUAGUGCCAAAAAUAUUCAACACAAAACGAGACGGAGAACAUUAAAUUUAGUGAUUUGGUGUUAGUAGGUACCUAGUGUUUCAAGCCAUGAAUUCGAUCCUAAUAACCGGCUGCAACCGAGGUCUCGGCCUUGGGCUGAUCAAGAGCUUUUUAAACCUUUCGGCCCCUCCGAGGCACAUAAUCGCAACUUGCCGCAACAUACAGCAGGCCGAGGAGCUCAACUCGCUGGGGAAGCAACACAGCAACUUACACAUUCUGCAAAUAGAUUUGAAAGAUGUCGACAAGUAUGACCAGUUCGUGCAGGAAGUAGAAGCCAUCGUCCAAGAUAAUGGGCUGAACGUGUUGUUUAACAAUGCCGGCGUAUCACCCAAAUCGACGCGUCUCAACUUUGUCAAGAGCGAUGAUCUGAUCGAAACAUUCGUGACGAACACCGUUGCGCCGAUAAUGCUUACAAAGGCCUUCGUUCCCCUGCUGAAGAAAGCCGCCGAAGUGAACGCUUCGGCCCCGAUGGGUCCCCAAAAGGCGUGCGUCGUCAACAUGAGUUCGAUACUGGGAUCGAUCGGUGCCAACUCGGAUGGCGGAUUGUACGCGUACAGGACUUCCAAGGCCGCUUUGAAUGCGGCGACCAAAUCGAUGAGUUUGGAUUUGAAGCCGAAUCAGAUAAUGGCAGUAGCUUUGCACCCCGGAUGGGUUCGUACCGAUAUGGGUGGGUCCAAGGCGCCACUCUCGAUAGAGCAAAGCUGCAACAGGAUGGUGCAGACCGUUAUGCAACUGGGUGAGAAACAUAAUGGCGGGUUUCUGCAGUAUGACGGAAAGGAACUGCCGUGGUGAGUUGGUUAAUGUCCAGAGUUGAUAUGUGGCGUAUAUUUGUUGAAAUUUCAAUUAAAUUGGCAUUCAAGUUAGAUCAUUAUGACUAAAUGAUUA